AUAAAUUUCAUUUCCGGGUAUGGAAAAGUGUUUCCGGUGAAAAAAGGCAACAUUAACAUAUUAAAUUAGCACGUCGGAUUUUGAAUUAACAACCUCUUAAAACACCCAAUUUUCAUUAAAAAAUAAAUAUUUUAACAUGUUCGUUUAAGGAACCGAUAUUUUUCGGUGAACAGGAGAAAGAUUAACCUCCCUGAACUACACCUCAGCAGCAGUCUCUAUAUUACAUGGAGUUUGCAGAGUUUAUCAAGACUCCAAUGGUUGAUGGAGUGACACUUCGCAAGCCUUUCUGUAAGCCAGUGGAGGGCACACUGUGCAUAACUGGUCACCAUUUGAUCCUUUCAUCUAGGAAAACUAACAGGGAAGAAUUAUGGCUGCUGCACUCAAGUGUGGACAGUGUGGAAAAGAGGUUAGACAACACUCGAGGCGUUGUCAUGAUACGCUGUAAAGAUCUCACGCGUCUCGCCCUCGACAUUCCCUCGGCGACUGAAUGCCUCAAUGUGGCUUUGUCUAUUGAGCAGCUGUCAAACAUUGAUGACAUUACACUAAAGUACCCAUUUUUCUACCGCCCGACAUUUGACAUUUUGGAGGACGGCUGGCAGGCAUUCCAGCAGGGCGCCGAGAUGAGCAGAUACAAGGAAUGCAUGGAGGACUGGAGGAUUUCCACUGCAAACAAGGAUUACAAGUUAUGUCAGAGUUACCCACAGUCGGUGGUGGUUCCAAAGGGUGUGACGGAUGAGAUGCUAGCCAAGGUGGCCCAGUUCAGGCAGAACGGACGCUUUCCUGUCUUGAGCUAUUUUCACAGGGACAGCAAGGCUGUUUUGAUGCGCUCAAGCCAGCCACUGACCGGCUCGAGUGGACGACGCUGCAAGGACGAUGAACGCCUAGUGAACGCAGUGCUAGGAAUAGGGAUUAGAGGUUACAUCAUAGACACUCGGUCCCAGAGUGCGGUCAAGGCUGAACUGAAAACAGGGGGAGGUUAUGAGCCUGAGGCCCACUACUCACAGUGGAAGCGUCUCAAUCAGGCCAUAGAGCGCCGGCAGGUGUUCCAUGAGUCUCUCAUCAAACUCAUUGAAGCCUGCGCCGAUACUGGCACCACACAGGACAAGUGGCUAUCCAAGCUAGAUGCCAGUGGGUGGUUGGGACAUGUCAAGGACAUUCUUACCUGUGCCUGUCUAGUGGCACAGUGCAUUGAUAAAGAUGCUGCCUGCGUGUUGGUACAUGGCUCGGAAGGGGUUGAUACCACGCUGCAGGUGACCUCUCUGGCACAGGUCAUCAUGGACCAUGACUGCAGAACAUUCACGGGGUUUGAGGCCCUGAUAGAGAGAGAGUGGCUACAGGGCGGUCACCCGUUCUCUGACCGCUGUGCCAAGUCUGCCCACGCUGUUACCAGGCAACGACAGGAGUCCCCCGUGUUCCUGCUCUUCCUUGACUGUGUCUGGCAGAUUUGGCAGCAGUUUCCAUGUUCAUUUGAGUUCACAGAGGAUUUUCUAAUUGUCCUGUUUGAACAUGCAUACUCAUCACAAUUUGGUACAUUCCUGUGUAACUCAGACCUAGAAAGGAAGUGUUUAAAGCUGCACAGUCGCACGAUAUCACUGUGGUCGUACCUGAAUCGCCCGGAGGUCCUAGGCCAGUACAUCAACCCUAUGUAUGACCCCAACCCUGCUGUGAUAUGGCCCUCUGUAGCCCCGCAGAGUUUGACACUUUGGAGUGGGCUGUACCUAAGAUCCCAGAUUAACCAAUCAAAACAGCAGGAGGCUUGGACUGAGGUUGCUAAGAUACGAGAAUACGACAAAGAGCUGAGAUCAAAAGUCAUGAAACUAAGGAGACAUCUGGUGUUCCUGGAGCAAGAGGCAGUGACUGCAGGAGUUAUCCUCCCAUCUACUCUCAACGGAGACAUCAACUGACGAGGGGACAGGGCACAAAACAGGGGUGUUAAUUCUCCCCCUGUCAGCUCAUAUUCCCCCUUUUAAUGUCAACAUAAUUUUGAAGAUAGUUAUUUAAUUUGUUGAAUAUAUAUAAACAUUAAGAGUAUCAAUGAACUAUGUAAGAAGGGGGGGUCUAAGGGAAUAUUCCUCUCUUGAUUUGGUUCUUAAAUCAUUAAAUCACACCCCUGGCUGUCAAUUAGACAUCUAAUAUUUGUGUCUGUAAUUGGGAGCAAUGUAAACAACUUAAUCUACAAGUCUCUAUAUCUAUAUUCCAAAAGAAAUCAUGUUUUGGUCUUAGGUAAUUAUUUUGCUGAAUGUUCUGUUGUUGAUGUUGUUAUUGUUGUUUCCUUAGUGAGUAUGUUUGAAUAAGACAAGAUGUAAAAAAGUUAAAGUAAGGUGAAAUUGGGAACCCAUGUAAAGCUAAAAGAAAUGUUUAAUGGUGUAUGUAUUAUCUGUAAGUAUAGAUAAGGUACAAAGUGCAUUUGUAUCUAUGGCUUAUAUGCAUUCUAAAAGUUAAGUGGUAAAGAAAAGUCUUUUUUUUUUAUUGAAAAAGCUUAAUGAUUAGCAAACAAUCACUGGGUGGUUGAGCGGGCGGUAGGAAACAAUGAUGAUGUUAACAAUUUAGAAUAAGAUUUUGAAUGUUUAAAUUAUUUAUUUAAGUUCUUGGUCAACUUCAUAAAAAUUUACACAAAUGUGUAUUGGAAAGUUCUCUACAAAACACCUGCAUGUGGUUGCACUUGACUGCACAAGAUAGCCCACAGUAUAUUUGUGUCUUGUUCUGAGAAAAUUGGGCUUAAUGCAUGUGCGUAAAGUGCCAUUGCAGAUUAGCCUGUGCAGUCCGCACAGGCUAAUCAGGGACGACACUUUCCGCAUAAACUUGAUUUUCGGUAAGGAAGGACUUCCUUGAAACUAAAAAUACCAUAAAAGCGGAAAGUGUCGUCCCUGAUAAGCCUGUCCGGACUGCACGGCUAAUCUGGGACGACACUUUAGGCACAUGCAUUUUGCCCAAUUAUCUCAGAACAAGGCUCAUUUAAAUGCAUAUACGUAUGUAUGUAUAAGCACAACAUGUAUGAACUUUUUACUGUAAUCUUUCUAAUCAUGGGAUUGUGCAAUAUUGUAUAUUAAGAUGCUUUUUUUAUUUUUCAAAACUUAUAAUAAUGGCCGAUAAUAUUCAAUAUUUUGUAAGACGGAAGAUUACGAGAAUUGCAGAAAAACGUACUGUUAUUGUUAAAUUAUGAUUUACUGUGAUAUUUGUUCACCACAUUCAUGACAUAGUGUGAUUUUAUUUCAAAGGCUGUUACUGUAAAUUAGAACAGGUCUAGAAAAUAUGUAUAGAAAUAUAAUAUUUAAAUUUUGCUAUGUAAUAAGUUUGUUAUUUUAUCAGCCAAAAAUACCUAUACUUAUUUAGUCUGUUUAAUUUAGCCAUUUAUCAUAUUGAUCAAACUUACGGGCUCAUUGUUCAUGAAACACCAAAACCUGACCAUGGAAUGACAUCUUUUCAAAUCGUGUUUAAUGUGUUCCUUUUUUGUUCAAAAUGGAAUUUUCCUUUAAGAUAAUAAAUCUUGAAU